GGAAAUAGGACAAAUAGUGUGUGGCAGCAGGAACCCACCAGGAUUCGGAGCACUGAGGCAGAGAGACAAGAGUACAGAGGAGAUAAAGGGCUGGAAAUUGCUAAAAUCAGCAUCCAAGUUGGCACCAGAUUCUUGGUGAAACCCUUCCUCAGCUCCUGGAAGGAGACCGCUAAACCAUGAAACUACUUGCUAUGCUUUUUCUUUGCUCCAGGCUGCUAUCAAGUUUAACCCAGGAGUCCCUCUCAGAAGAAAUCGACUGCAAUGAUGAGGAUCUAUUUAAGGCUGUGGACACUGCACUACAGAAAUAUAACAGUAGAAACCAAAGUGGCAACCAGUUUGUGUUGUACCGUGUAACAGAAGGCACCAGGACGGAUGACCCUGACACAUUUUAUUCCUUCAAGUACCAGAUCAGGGAAGGAAAUUGUUCUGUUCAAAGUGGCAAAACCUGGCAGGAUUGUGACUACAAAGAAUCUACACAAGCUGCCACGGGAGAAUGCUCCGCGACCGUGGGGAAGAGAGGGCAAACGAAAUUCUCCGUGGCUACGCAGACCUGCCAAAUCACUCCCGCCGAGGGUCCUGUGGUGACAGCCCAGUAUGACUGCCUUGGCUGUGUGCACCCCAUCUCAAUUGCAAGCCCUGAGCUGGAACCUGUCCUAAGACACGCCAUCGAACAUUUUAACAACAACACGGAUCGCUCCCACCUCUUUGCUCUUAGAGAAGUGAAAAAGGCCCACAGACAGGUGGUGACCGGAUGGAACUAUGAAAUUACUUACUCAAUUGAGCAGACGAAUUGUUCCAAGGAGAAUUAUCUAUUCUUAACUCCAGACUGCAAGUCCCUUCUGAAUGGUGAUAUCGGUGAAUGUACAGAUCAUGCACACAUGGAUCUUCAGCUAAGAAUUGCUUCUUUCUCGCAGAAGUGUGAACUCUUUCCAGGGGAAGAUUUUGUACAACCACCUUCCAGGAUUUGCCUUGGCUGCCCCAAAAAAAUACCUGUUGACAGCCCAGAGCUGGAGGUGCCUCUGAAUCAUUCCAUUGCAAAGCUUAACUCUGAGAAUAAUGGAACUUUCUAUUUCAAGAUUGAAAGUGUGCAAAGUGCAACAGUACAGAUGGUGGCUGGAGAGAAAUUUUUUAUCCAGUUUGUAGCCAAGGAAACCAUGUGUUCCAAGGAAAAUAAUGAAGAAUUGGUGGAAAGUUGCCAGAUCAAUAAAUACGGAGAACAGCUAAAAUGUGAAGCUGAAGUGUAUGUGAUCCGUUGGGAGAAGAAAAUUCACCCUACUGUCAACUGUCAGUCACUGGGAAAGGUCAUAUUGAUGAGAAGGCCUCCAGGUUUUUCACCUUUCCGAUCCUCAUUCAUGGAGAAAACAGAAAAAGGAAUAACUAGGCGCCUAAGGCUCUGCGAGUACAAGGGCCGACCUCAGGAGGCAGGGGCAGAGCCAGAGCCAGCACCUGAGAGUGAGGUCUCUUGACCAGCGGGCAGAAUCGUCACGCCUGACACAAUAGCUCCAACAACCUCUAUCACCACCCCCGCAUGGAAGGACAAGAAGAUGGGAUAAAAUUUAAAGAGAAAAAUGCCACCUACUAUUCUGUUGCUGAGUGAAAUAAACUUCAGUCUUGAUGCUCUCA